GGAGAUGCGGCAGUGAGUGAGCGGUCAGUGGGUGAGAGAGGGCAGCCGCAGCCUGUCGAGUCAGCUACCAGGCUACUGGAGAAGGGACGCGCCAGGGACGCAGCGGCUCGGGACAGUGGAACCGAAAGUGGCCGGAGCAGGACUGUUUAACCCCGGGGACAAUCUCAAAAUGCGCCGAAUAACGGGGAAAGGAGGAGGGGACAGUUUGAUUGAGAUGAGCCCGAGUGAAUCGCUCAGCGAUAGUGUGAAUGGCUAUGACCAGCAUGCCUCAUCCAGCGCAGCAUCCCUCCAGCUGGGACAGUCAGAGUCUCAUUUAAAGCCUGAUGUGUGUGUAGAGAUGUGUGAGUCUCUCAACAACAGCCUGGCCUCCCUAGCUCCGUCUGACUGCAGUGACAGUCUGCAGGUCAGGUUUCCAAGCUUAGAGCAAAUCAAUGCUUUGACUGGGUUUUGGAGAAAACGAGCGAUAUUCCUGAAGUAUCGUUCCAGGGUUGAUAAGCAGAAGCUCAGCAAAGACUCCGUGUUCUUCCGGGAUGGAGUGCGGAGAAUAGAUUUCGUCCUCUCGUACGUUGACGAUAAAGACUGCGACAAAAAACAGGAGAGAAGGAGAAUUUAUGAAGCCAACCUUGAAAAAGCCGGCCUGGAGCUGGAAACAGAAGAUAAGUCGGAGUCUGAGGACGGCAAGACGUACUUUGUGAAGAUUCACGCUCCGUGGGAGGUCCUGGCCACCUACGCAGACGUGCUGAAGAUCAAGGUUCCGUUCAAAGUCAGCGACAUGCCAGACGAUCGGGAAAUGCCCAUGAACUGGCUCUCCACGCCUUUCCGUCUGCCUAAGCACAUCAUGCAUCCCGAGCCGGAUUUUUUCACUGCUCCAUUCAGCAAGAGCAAAUCGGACUUCUUCCUUAUCGAAAACCAAGACACGUUCUUCCCUCCCUCCACUCGCAACAGGAUCGUUUACUAUAUCCUGGCCCGCUGCUUGUAUGUCAACGAAGACUGUGGAGACAAGAAGGGAAUUAAGAGGUUAUUGAACAACGGCUCCUACACCGCUGCCUUCCCUCUUCAUGAUUCCAGAUACUGGAUAAAAUCCAAAUAUGACAACUGUGAAAGCGAAAGACACGAUCUCUACAGCCACUGGGCACAGUUCCUCUGCUUUUUCAAGGAGCAGCCUAUUAACCGUAUCAGGAAAUAUUAUGGAGAGAAGAUUGGCAUUUAUUUCGCCUGGCUUGGUUUCUACACUGAAAUGCUGUUGUUUGCUGCGGUCGUUGGAACGAUCUGUUUCCUGUACGGGUUCCUCACCUUCGACGAAAACCAGUGGAGCAAGGAGAUCUGCAGCGAGGAAAUUGGAGGCAAAAUUGUCAUGUGUCCCCUUUGUGACAAGAAAUGUGGUUUCUGGAAGCUCAACACAACAUGCAACUCCUCGUGGCAAUCGCACCUGUUUGACAAUGUGGCCACAGUGUUUUUUGCCAUUUUCAUGGGAAUUUGGGUGACGCUGUUCCUGGAGUUCUGGAAGAGGCGGCAGGCCCGUCUAGAGUACGAGUGGGACCUGGUUGACUUUGAGGAGGAGCAGCAGCAGCUGCAGCUUCGGCCAGAGUAUGAAGCCAAGUGUACAAAGAGCAAGCAGAACCCCAUCACCAAGGAACAUGAGGGGGUCAUUGACAGAACUGCUGCGUAUCUAGCAGGGAAGUUUUUUCUGUGCUGGGCCGCUGUGAUCUUUUGGAUCUCAUUGAUCAUUGCCUGCAUCAUCGGGGUCAUAGCGUACCGCCUGGCGGUGUACGCGGCCUUCGCUAGCUUCAUGAAAGACAGCCCCACCAAUCACCUGGAGGUGGUCGGCCCCUACAUCACACCCCAGCUGGCCACCUCCGUCACCGCCUCUUGCAUCAACUUUGUCAUCAUCAUGAUCCUCAACCUCAUGUAUGAGAAAGUGGCUGUUUGGAUUACUGACAUGGAAAUCCCAAAGACCCACCUUGAGUAUGAGAACAAGCUGACCAUGAAGAUGUUCCUCUUCCAGUUUGUCAACUACUACUCCUCCUGCUUCUACGUGGCUUUCUUUAAGGGCAAGUUUGUGGGCUAUCCUGGGAAAUAUGCUUACAUGUUCGGGAGCAGCCUGAGGAACGAAGAGUGUGACCCCGGCGGCUGUCUGAUUGAGUUAACAACACAGCUGGUAAUAGUGAUGACUGGGAAACAGGUGUGGGGCAACAUUCAGGAAGCUCUACUGCCAUGGGUGAUGAACUGGUGGAGCAGCAGGAAGGCACAGAACCAUCCAGAGAGUCUAUACAGUCGCUGGGAGCAGGAUCAUGACCUGCAGAGCUUUGGUCAGCUGGGCCUCUUCUAUGAAUACCUGGAAAUGGUGAUCCAGUUUGGUUUCAUCACGCUCUUCGUGGCUUCCUUCCCGCUGGCGCCGCUCUUAGCCCUUUUCAACAACAUCAUUGAAAUCCGAGUGGACGCCUGGAAGCUCACCACGCAGUUCAGGCGUCCCGUGGCAGCCAAGGCCCACAGCAUCGGGGCCUGGGAGGAAAUUCUCAACGGCAUGGCCGUACUGUCUGUUGUCACAAAUGCGUUCAUCGUGGCCUUCACCUCUGACAUGAUGCCCCGGCUGGUGUACAUGUACGCUUACCAGCCGAGGGGAGAGAUGAACAUGAAAGGCUACAUUAACAACAGCCUGUCCGUGUUCAACAUCUCAGAGAUCCCAUAUCGCAGCAUGCCUGAUGACGAAGAGAACCCCGUGUGGUUCAACAGCUCCAUCACGACCUGCAGGUAUCGUGAUUAUCGCUACCCCCCUGGGCACGAGAAGGAAUAUUCCCCACACUAUGCAGUUUUUGGCACAUUUUGGCUGCCAAGCUAGCUUUUAUCAUCAUAAUGGAG